CACUUUCUGCCCUGAUUUUCCUGAGCGGGAACCAAAAAUGUGGACCUAAUCAGAUUAUAAACAUCCUCCGCUCCGUUUAUCGCUACAUUUUCGUGUUAUUUUGUCAUUUUAAGACUUAUGUAAACGCUAAAAUACAACGAUAAACCGCGCACUAAUGUUACACGGACUGAUUUUGCGUCAAACUAGGAGCGUAACAGAUAUUUAGUGCUAAAGCUACAAACAAUUUCCACGCUACGAAAUCCAGCGCCGUCAUGGCCUCCCCGGUCGAGUACACCAUCGGAGGAGUGAAGAUCCAUUUCCCCUGUAAAGCUUAUCCCUCUCAGCUCGCCAUGAUGAACUCUAUCAUGCGGGGGCUGAACAACGGUCAGAACUGUCUCCUGGAGAGUCCCACGGGCAGCGGGAAGAGUCUGGCCCUGCUCUGCUCCACUCUGGGCUGGCACCAGGCUCAGUUAUUGAAGCUGCAGCAGUCGCUCCACUCUCAGGACGAGAAGAGCCAGAGUGACAAGAUGAGUGGAGAUGCGAAGAAGCCUGCAGCCUCCUGUCUCUGUUCGUGUCACAGUCAGACCAAAGCUCCUCAGACUCCCGUGGCUCCUGUGGUGGACCUGACCCAGUCGCCCUGUAAAAACAACCCUGCUCCUCCAGAGACCAGCAAAGCGUCUCCACCUGAAGAUCCACAGCCAAAGAAACAGUCCAUCGCGUCACGUUUGUCCGAAAAACUCCAGAAGGAAUCGGAGACAGAUGACGACUUCCAGCCUGACCGCAAACGCAUCCGGACCGCAGAGAUCACGAGCCGUAAAAAGCCGCGGAUGGAGAAAGGAGUGAUUUUUCUGGACGACGAACCAGAGUUUGAGAACCAGACUUCCACGAGUCGCAGGGACAGAUCUCCAGACACGAGCCCAGGGAGCAGCCACUCUCCUCCAGCCCGAGUAAAAGAGGUUUGCAAAAAUUGUACCUGUCAUUCCGGAGAGGAGACGGCGAACAAAAAAACGAAGAUCCCCAAGAUCUUUUUUGGGACUCGGACUCACAAACAGAUAAAGCAGAUCGCGCACGAGCUGAAGCGGACGCAGUACUCCUCCACGCCCAUGACCAUCCUCUCCAGCCGCGACCACUCCUGCGUCCAUCCGGAGGUGGCGCCGCACGCGAACCGCAACGAGCGCUGCAAGGACCUGCGGGAGGGCAAGGACGGUAACUGUCGUUUCUACCACAACGUCCAGAGGAUGAGGGACCAGUGGACUCUGCAGAGGGUCCACGGACUCAGCCAGGCCUGGGACAUCGAGGAGCUGGUGUCUCUGGGCAAACGGAUCAGAGGCUGUUCUUAUUACGCCGCCAGAGAACUGAUGCAGAGCGCCAACAUCGUCUUCUGCCCCUACAACUACCUCCUGGACCCGCUCAUCAGGGAGAGUAUGGAGAUAAACCUGGAGGGGCAGAUCCUGGUUCUGGAUGAGGCCCAUAACAUCGAGGACUGUGCCAGGGAGAGCGCCAGUUACACUCUGGACCAGCGCAGUCUGAACGCGUGCCGAGAGGAGCUGGAGUCUAUGAUCAGUGUGAAAAUCAGACCGAGUGAACACGAACUCCUCAGGAACUUCUGCUACAGCCUCAUCAAUUGGAUCCAGCAGAGUCAGGGUCUGAUGAGUGAACGUGGGUUUGAGAACGCCUCUAAAGUCUGGAACGGCAGAGAAGUGGUCGCCAUCUUCAGGACUUUAGGAAUCACCCCAGACACCGUCUCACUGCUCAAGGAGAACCUGGCUGCGGUGAUGGAGAGGGAGGAGAAGGUGAAGGAGGAGAUGGUGGAGCUGCCCACGAUCAGCUCUGCCUCGUCCACUGUCCUCAAGAGUCUGUUCAUGGUGCUGGAUUAUCUGUACAGAAGAGACUGCAGUUUUGCAGACGAUUACCGCGUGGCCUUACAGAGGAGCUACACUUGGACAAACCAGGCUCCUCCUGACGUCCCCGACGGACACGGCUUCAUCGUGCGGAGACACAGACACAGAAACACCAGAGUCAAGGUGGAGGUGCUGAGCGUGAGCUUCUGGUGCCUCAACCCGGCCGUGGCCUUCUCUGACCUGAGCGGCCGAGUCCACAGUAUCGUCCUCACCUCCGGCACUCUGUCUCCGAUGGGCUCCUUCUCCUCUGAGCUCGGAGUCAACUUCACCAUCCAGCUGGAGGCCAACCACGUCAUCAACAAAUCACAGGUGUGGGUGGGCACGGUGGGCGCUGGGCCUCAGGGCAGGAAACUCUACGCCACGUUCCAGCACACAGAGACUUUUGCCUUCCAGGACGAGGUGGGAGAGCUGCUACUGCACGUGUGCAGAGCUGUGUCCAAAGGAGUGCUCUGCUUCCUGCCCUCUUAUAAGAUGCUGGAGAAGCUUCGGGAUCGCUGGGUGAACACGGGUCUGUGGGAGAAACUGGAAUCUUUCAAAAUGGUGAUCGCAGAACCACGAGGAGGAGCCAAAGGAGACUUCGACGAGCUGCUGCAGUGUUACUACGACGCCAUCAAAUACACGGACCACAGAGACGGAGCGUUGCUGAUCGCCGUGUGCAGAGGAAAAGUGAGCGAGGGUCUGGACUUCACGGACGAUAACGCUCGAGCCGUGGUCACCAUCGGGAUCCCCUUCCCCAACAUCAAGGACCUGCAGGUGGAGUUGAAGAUGAAGUACAAUGAUCAGCACUGUAAAACUCGAGGGCUCCUGUCUGGGAAUCGCUGGUACGAGAUCCAGGCCUACAGAGCUCUGAACCAGGCUCUGGGCAGGUGCAUCCGCCAUAAAAACGACUGGGGAGCUCUGGUUUUGGUGGACGAUCGAUACAGGAACAACCCGAACAAAUACAUCACAGGUUUGUCCAAGUGGGUCCGUCAGCUCGUGCACCAUCACGACUCUUUCCCCAACGCGAUGCAGUCUCUGGUGGCUUUCUCCCACGAGCAGAGGACCAGGACCGGCCCGGGUCUGACCCACAGUCCAGGUCUGAAGUCCCCGGACACCGGCGCCGUUCAGCGUCCCGCCUCCGUCGCCAUCGGACCCAAAGACCAGCCCAGAACCCCCCUGUCCGACUGCCCCGUCCAGACCCAGAGGAGCCCCCCGCCCUUUCACAAUAACGCCAACGUAACAGCAGAUUUGAAGAGCGCGGACAAACCGACGAAAACUCCGGCGCCCAACCCGAAGUUUGAGCAGAUUUACCCCAUUUUUGCGUCAAGUCCCGUCAACGCCAACCUCAAAAAACCAAUAUUUAAAAGAAAAGAGAGCAGCCGCCAGCCAGAAACUUCUCCUAACGCGGACGUCGUCGAGGAAAAUACGAAAACGGACGAAGCUUUAGUUUUGGACGGUGAAAACAAAAUGGAAAACGGCGGAUUGAGAGAAGUGAACGAAGCAGAGCCAGAAGUUCCUGAAGUUCCUGAAGUCCUGAAGUCCCUGAAGUCCCUGAAGUUUCCCAUGAGGAGGAGGAGGAGGACGAAACUGUAUUUUUCACGCCAGAACUUUUCGGAGAGGAGGAGGAGAACGACGAGGAGGAGAGAGAGGGAGAGAGAGAGGAGGAGAAGGAGGAGGAGAGAGAAGAGGGAGAGGAGGAGGAGAGAGGGAAGGAGAGAGAGAAUAAACUUCGAAGGUUGUCCAGGUCCAAGCACAAAAGCAGUUCUUCUACUCAAGGUGAAGUUUUAGGGACAGACAGGAGGAGGAGCAGCCAGAGACUUCGAGAAAACACCACAACAGAGAAUAAAAACCAGCACGAACCAAACAGAAACGUCACCAAGGAAACAAAAACACGUGAAAAAAGUAAAACAGAAGCUCAGAACAGAUUAUCUUACCCAAACACAGAGUUAAAAGCAGCAGGGACAGACUUCAGGAGCAGGAAUAAAGAAUCCUCUCAGUGCACGGUGUACGACAUCGUGACUCCUACAGACGAAGAAACACGAGAGACGGAGAACAGACAAGAGGAAAAACCAAAAGCUAUAAAAAUACAAAGGAGCAGAAAACAGACGAGAAACAGACGCCGCGCCUCAAGAAAAAAGAAAGUUCCCGCCCGGACUGUGUGCUGCUCUGGACUCUACUGCCGCUCGUGUGGGAAAGAGCUGCUCCAAAACGCACGAGGUGCGCUGAGGAGAGCCGCCCGGGAGUCCAGACCGCUCGCUCUUCUGCUCAAACACAAACCCGACUCCUCCAAACGGACCCAGAGCUGCACGUGUGUCCCCCAGCUGCACCUGCCUCUGCACCCUGCCUCUGCACCUGCCUCUGCACCAGUCUGAGCCCGAGCUGCUCCUCGUCCAGGACCCGCAGUUUGUGAAGCUUCUGUCCAAAGAGCUUCGGCCGAUCACAGACGACACACGCACAGGUUAUAACGCGGUGUGGGACCAGAGUGUGGGCUCCAUCACCAGGUUCCUCCGGUGUCAGAGUUGCCCCCAGACUGAGAAGACGCCGUCAGCUGCUCAUGUGCUGUUCCCCACGGAGCCAAACAAACAACAGGUGUUUUUGUCUCCGGCCUCUGUGUGGUGCUGUUCUCAAAUCCUCAUCGAAGGCUGAUCUGCAGAAGAAGAAACACCGAGGUACAACAUGGACACUUGUACGACUUUAUUUAACAUUUUUACUCAGUUGUGUGUUUUAUUUUUUGUGUAAAUGUAAAAAAAAAAAGUACCACUAAACUAUACUAAAAUAUAACACGUCUUUA